CUGUCUAUGGCGGACACUGCGCCCCCACAGAGCAUGGAAUGGAGCCGCCCUCAGGAGGCGGAGCGGCGGGGGCAAGGGGCGGUGCUGACCUCCUACAACAGCACCAUGGCGGCUUGUGCCUUCCGAAGGAGCAUUGCAGGGCAGCUCGCUAAAGUUUUGGAUUUGCCACCGGAGAACUUAAUAAAGUCCAUCUCUGCGGUUCCCGUCUCCAGAAAACGGCAUGAUGCUGAUUUCCAGCUUUCCGUUGCUUCUAUAGAGGAAGGUAGUUCUAGUGAUUGCUUAGCACAAGAUCUUCAACUCCGAGCUCAGAAGCUAGCUGAGAAGCUAAAGUGUGAUGCUGUAGUGAGUGAAAUCAGCACUGGGCCAGGAACAGUGAACUUCACAAUAAACAGGGAAUUGCUAGCAAAGACUGUUCUGCAGCAGGUGCUGAAAGAUGGCACACAAUAUGGAACCAAAAGUGAACUUUUCUCUGCCGUGCCUAAGCAAAAGACAGUGGUGGAGUUCAGCUCCCCUAAUAUUGCCAAAAAGUUUCACAUAGGACACUUGCGUUCCACAAUCAUAGGAAAUUUUAUAGCAAAUCUCAAAGCUGCACUGGGACACGAGGUAACAAGAAUAAAUUACCUUGGUGACUGGGGCAUGCAGUUCGGCUUACUAGGAGUGGGUUUCCAACAGUUUGGCGACAAAGAAAAGCUGAAAUCCAGUCCUUUGCAGCACCUUUUUGAGGUGUACGUACAGAUUAACAAAGCAGCAGCAGAUGAAAACACAAAAAAGCUGGCCAUGGAUUUCUUUAGAAAAUUGGAAGAACACGAUGAGCAGGCAUUGUCGCUUUGGAAAGAAUUUAGAGACUUCAGUAUUAAAGAAUACACUCAAAUUUAUAAGCGUCUAGGAGUGCACUUUGAUGAGUAUUCUGGAGAAUCAUUUUAUCACGAGAAGUCCCGGGAGGUUCUAAAGAUGUUGGAGGAUAAAGGGCUCCUUCAGAAAACAAUAAAAGGGACUGGAGUUGUGGAUCUUUCAGAAAAGAAAGAUCUCUCAUCGCUUUCCACAGUCAUUCGUAGUGAUGGGACAUCUCUUUAUAUAACAAGAGAUCUUGCUGCUGCCAUAGACCGAAUGAAUAAGUAUAACUGGGAUACUAUGAUUUACGUGACAGACAGAAACCAAAGUAGUCACUUUCAACAUUUGUUCCGAAUAUUGAAGCUCAUGGGUUAUGACUGGGUAGACAGGUGCCAGCACGUGUCUUUUGGGCUAGUCCAAGGGAUGAAGACUCGGAAAGGAGAAGUUAUUUUCCUGGAGGAUGUUCUAGAUGAAGUUCGAUCGAGGAUGUUAGAAAACAUGGCUUCUGCAAAAACAACCAAAGAGGUAGAAGACCCUGUGGAGACAGCAGAGAAGGUUGGUCUUGCAGCACUAAUAAUUCAGGACUUCCGAGGCCUCCUCUCAUCUGAUUAUCAGUUUAGCUGGGAUCGAGCUCUUCAAAGUCGUGGAGAUACAGGCGUGUUCUUGCAGUACACCCAUGCCAGACUCCACAGUUUAGAACAGAUGCAUGGGAAUGAGCCAGUCACUGACGUUAACGUGGCAUGCCUGCAAGAGCCAGGUGCAAUCUCUGUUCUUCAGCAUCUUCUCAGGUAUGAUGAGGUCCUGUACAGAUCUUCUCAGGAUCUGCAACCCAAGCACAUAGUCAGCUACCUGCUCACACUUAGCCAUCUCGCAGCUGUGGCACAUCGAUCUCUUCCUGUGAAAGGCAGCACACCUGCUGUAGCCCAGGCAAGGCUCUGUCUCUUUCAAGCCACACGCUCUGUUCUAGCCAAUGGAAUGAAGCUUCUUGGCAUUACACCUGUAACUCGAAUGUGAUGAGGCUGUAUGGAGGAUGAAGUCACAUCUCUUAGUAAAAGGUUAUUUUCCAAGAGAA